UACGCUGGGCAGCAAGGACACCAAGCAUCGCAUCUGCUGCCAAUGCAGGACUCGGCGCACUCCGCAUUCCGUCUCGCCGAAAAACACUUCAAGAACCGCGCCCAUAAGGACUCGUUCCCCUCUCUCCGUCAAUGGCAGCGGUCUCUCCUCGAUCUAUCUCGCCCUGCUGCUGAGGAACACGACGAGCUGUGGCAAGCGGGAUGGUGGUGCCCCGAUCAUGAUGGGACGCCUCCGUCGUCAGCCAGGCGUUCCAAAAAGACGAAGGCAAAAGACAAAGGUCACAGGCCGGAACAAGCCAGAAUCGAUCUAACAUCCGUGGAACUACCUGAUGGAAAAGUCGGAUACGUUGUGGCGGACGGCUGUAUCCUUAUACCUGGAUACUUGUCCAAAGAGGAGCAAUUGGCAUAUGCUCUCGAGUCUCUGGCCGAAUACACCCUGCCUCCCAACCCGCUCUCACUAUCCACACACUACGAUCUCCCUCAGCAAGGUCUAUUUGAUCUACUCGUCAACGAUCCUGAAUCACUGAUUCUACCUAAACAUAUGACUAUCGGAUCAGAGGGGGCAGUCUCGGAAUCUCCUACCAGCCAGCCCAAGAACAGGGUCUUGAAUGACACUGAACCAGCGUCAGUCAUCGGCUAUGACGAGAUUGUAGCGCGUAACAAGAGCUGGAAAGGAGAUGCCCCAAGCGAGAAAUUGGGAUGCAAGCGGGUUGAACAACUAUACAAAGAGAUCAGAUGGGCCAACUUGGGAUGGGUGUACCAAUGGUCUACAAAAUCGUAUGACUUCUCGCGUGAGACUCCUAUCCCUUUCCCGAAGCCUCUAGCAGAUCUUUGCUCGUCUGCUGUCGCGGCCAUUCCUUGGCAGCAAGUGUUCGAUCCGGUCAAAGAUCCGCAGUCUGCCAAUUAUGGCUGGGAAUCAUGGCCGGACGAUUAUAGACCAGAUACCGGUAUCGUCAACUUUUAUCAACUGAACGACACUCUCAUGGCGCACGUGGACAGAGCAGAGCUCGAUCCUGUCAGGCCACUGGUCUCUCUCUCUCUUGGCCACGCGGCAAUCUUCUUGUUGGGCUCAGACUCGCGUGAUGAUACUCCACGGCCAAUCAUCCUUCGCUCGGGAGAUAUGCUGAUCAUGAGCGGGCGUGGGAGACAGGCUUAUCAUGGUAUCCCACGCAUAUUAGAAGGAAGCCUGCCCCUUCAUUUAAAGGCUGCUGAAGGCGAUUCGCUGGCGAUGGCAACCGCGAAAAGAUGGUUGUCCAGUGCCAGGAUCAACAUCAAUGCAAGACAGGUGUUUCCUCCGGGAUUUGUACGACCGACAUCCCAUACCACUGAAUGAAAUGCGCACGAUGUGUAGUAUCUCGAAUCACCCGGGGUCGUGUUUGAGAUAACACCAGAGCGCCUCAAUGUUCAUGUCAUAGCGCAAAGUGACGUGUGAAAAGGGGUGCUGCCAAUUUCACCAAGACACCAGCAGAUGCGCUUAUCAACGUGUUGCCCUCACCAAUGUACACAUGCUACUUCACCAGUAACUUCUACAGCUUUGCAUGUUACAAUCACUUGCGGAUAUGUGAAGAUGUACCAGAAGUUGAAUCGGUGCAGGUCCGAA